UUUAAAUGUCAAAGAUGGAAGAGCAACUUUGUCUGGAAGAGAAUCACUCUCUAUCUAUUUUAAACGCUUUAAAUGACUUCAGAGAGGACAAAUUCUUAUGUGAUCUUGUGCUGCUGGUGCAGAAAAAGGAAAUGUAUUGUCAUAGAAACGUCUUGGCAGCUGGUAGUCCAUAUUUUCGUGGCAUGUUUUCAACCAAGAUGAAAGAAAAUAUGGAAAGCAAGCCAGUUAUAUUAAACGAUUUGACUGUAGAAAUAAUGGAACAAAUUUUAGCUUUUUUGUACACUGGGCAAGUUCUGAUAACGGCUGAGAAUGUUAAAGACAUUGUUGCUGCUGCAAACUACUUUCUAAUGGAUAAUUUGAAAGAAACUUGUUGCCAAUAUUUAAAGAAGAACUUAAAACCUUCAAAUUGUUUGGGAAUAGAAGCUAUUGCAGAGCAAUUUGGUUGCGAUGAACUAAAACAAUCAACACACCAGUAUAUAUUAGAUAACUUUGUUGAAGUUUCUCAUUGCAAAGAAUUUGUGUCACUUUGUUGUGAGCGACUCCUUGAACUUCUAUCGAAUGAUGAAACAAAUGUUGAAAAGGAAGAGCAGAUUUAUGAAGCGCUCAUGACUUGGGCUAAAACUGACAAGGACCAACUUGAACGGGUCAAAGAGUUAGAAAAUCUCUUGUGUAUGGUGCGGUUUCCAUUGAUGUCACCAUAUUACAUUGCUGACCAUGUUGAGAAGGAUGAAAUUGUCACUUCCACAUCAUGUUGUAGCUCAUUGUUGCUAGAGGCCAAGAAUUAUCAUCUUUUGCCUGAUAGGCGCCACCUACUAGAUAACUACCGAACUCGACUUAGGAAAUCGAUGGGUUUGGUAAAUGUUAUUAUUGGCGCAGGCGGUAUUGAGAAAGGUCAAGUCAAGCAUACUACAUUCUGUUUUCUUCCACAGCGAAAUACGUGGUUCUAUCUUACACCAAUGUCUACUGCUAGGUGUCGUCAUGGCCUUGCAGUUAUGGGAGAGUUUGUAUAUGCUGUGGGUGGGCAAUCACGAGAAGGUUCUGCUCAAAGUUCAUUGAACAAUGUUGAACGUUAUGAUCCAAGAACAAACACUUGGGCACCAGUUGCCCCUAUGAUGAAGAAAAGAAGUUUGUUGAAUGUUGCUGUCCUAGAUGGAACAAUGUAUGCUGUUGGUGGUUGUGAUGAAAAUAACGUACGUCAGAAUACAGUUGAGAAAUAUUGUCCAGGUACCGACACCUGGACUAUGAUCUGCCCGAUGGCGUCAACUCGUAGUAGCGCAUGCGUAGUGGGGUGUUUUGGCCUUUAUGUGAUUGGUGGCGUUAAUUUCUAUGGCAUGUCGCUGAAUUCAGUUGAGAAGUAUGAUCCAAGUACAGAUACCUGGUGCGAGGUGUCAUCAUUAACCAACAAACGUGCCAGUGCAUGUGGGGCAUUUUGCAAUGGAAAGAUUUAUGUUAUUGGUGGCUGGGAUGGUACAAGUCAUUUGAACUCAGGGGAAGUAUAUUCACCCGAACUUGAUGAAUGGGAUCAUAUUCCUCAUGCCAAUACUGCGCGAUGGGAUGCCGGGAUCGCUGUGGAUGAUAAUAAAGUUUAUAUUGUUGGUGGGUGUGACCGCAAUGCAUUGUGUACAUCGGAAACUGAAUGUUUCGAUUCCGAAAAGAACGAAUGGUCAAUUGUGGCAUCGCUGCCUUUCGCUAUUCAUGGUUUAAAAUGCAGCAGCAUACCCGUCGCAAACAAGUUUUUCACAAAGUAAUUUGACCCCUACAAUCAGUAGGUUCUGCAGUUGUUGUGUGAAUACAGCUAAUGAAUUCGUUUUUGCCAAAGCUGGGCUUUCGUUCAUAUCGCCAGCUUGGUCCAAAGUUUAGGUUGAAACUGACCUCGCAAAAAGGGGAGCAGCGAGGGAGACUAGCCGGUUUCUAACAAACAAAAUUUUUGUGCGAAUGUGACUGAACAACGUCAAAGUCGUUAUAUAUAUUGUAGCACCGAUCUACUCUCUUGCUUAUUAAAUUUUUGUGUUGUAAAAAGGUUUAAUGCUGACGAUAUCUCAUAAAGACUUUAAGAUCUGUAUCUAAAAACAUAUAUCAAAACGAAAGAACUCCGAUAUCUAUAUCAUCGUCACGCAAACUUAAGAUUUAGUCACCGAGACCAAAAUCAUUGUCAAACCAAAUAACUAUUUUAGAAGCGGGCUCAGAUCGUUUAGGUGGAGGAAAAUAACGUAAAGUGAUUGUGAAACUAUUUACUAAGUAGCAUUACAGUGUAAGUGGUAUACAGGAAGAGUAGAAGUUCUUUGGAAGCUCUGGGACCGUUAUCGGUCUUGGUGCCUAGUAAGUUAAUAACUUCUGAAGAACUUGUAUUUUUCUGGUCAAUCUUCGUAGUAUUGUCAGUUUGUAAAUAGUUUCGAAUUUCAUAUCGUCAAUGACAUUAUACCAUUUACAUCCUUUCACCCAAAAUUUUUAUAACUUAAAAUUUUAGUUCGCAAAAUGGUGUUAUAAGGUUAUCGGAGUUCUUUUAUAUUGCAUGACAUUAUCUGCAGAAAA